AUGGCAGACCAUAUAGUAGAUGGAUGUGGUGACCAUGUCGCAGUUCCUGAAAACGAGCCCUCAAACAGUGAAGCAAUUUUGGACGAUGGCGAAAAUGUCAUGCAAGGCGUGGAGGAGUACUUCUACGAGUUGUUGGUCGACAUGGACAUGGUUAGCAAGAUCCGCCGUACCAAUCCUACACAGAUCCAAGCUGCUCAGGUAAAUUCCCUACGACUCAUAGUUCCCUGA